UUUUAUAAUCAUUACGUGCAAACAUGGUAAUAUAAACAUUAUUCUGUUCUCAUUUGCACAGAUUUAUCAUAACAUGAUCAUAAUCUUAACAACGCAAAUACUAUUUACUGCAAGGCAGUAAGAAAUAAGUGUAUGUGGAUAUUGUAUAUUGUAGUUGUCAAGUGCUAUAAUUAACAGGUGCAUUGAAAUGUUCAUGAAAAUAAGUGGAAUUCAAAGACAAGUACUUAUAUCGUCAUGUUUGUAUCUGGGACAAGCUUUAGUUGGUUACUCCAACUCUUGGCCAGGGCCAGUGUUGCCAAAACUCCGAGACCUUCGAACAUCACCGCUUCCGUAUCUACUGACUGAAACACAGCUAUCUUUAGUCGCUACUUUCAUGUAUUUAGGGGGCAUAAUAGGUCCAUAUAUAGUGUUAUGGCUCUCAAACGUAAAAGGAAGAAAGCCAUGCUUUAUACUAGGAGGAGUUAUAGUGUCUAUAGGGUACAUAAUGAUGGUAACUACUAGAAACUUUGCACUAUUGCUAAUUGGGAGAUAUCUGCUUGGUAUAGGGAUUGGAGCUAUUGCAAUAACCAACUUGGUCUACAUUGGUGAAAUUGCAUCUGCAAGAAUUAGAGGAAUACUUCUAACAACUCUUGGAAUAUUCCAGACAAUAGGUUCAAUAGUAUUAUUUGCUACUGGACCAUAUGUAUCUUACGAAUGGACGUGCUAUAUUGCUCUUAUUGUGACUGUCGUUUUUAUAUUCUGUAUAUUAUUUAUACCAGAGACACCAAUUUUCUAUGCGCUGCAAGAUAACGAUGAAGAAUUAAGAAAAGUAUUACAAAACUUGGAUAGAAUGGAAGAUAUGAACGAAUUGCUAGAAGCGAAAGAGGAGCUAAAAAUGAGAGACACCAAAAGGGAUUGGAAAGACCUGUUUUCCAUUAGAAGCAACAGAAAAGCCUUGUUUGUGGUCGUCGUCAUAAAUCUUUUGCAACACGGCAGCGGCGUUUUGGCCGUGUUAUUUUUUUCAGCCACUAUAUUCGAUAUGGCUGGAUCGUCUAUAAAAUCCAGUAUAUCUAUGAUCAUUAUUGGAUGUUUCCAGCUAUCGGGUAGUAGUGUUACACCGAUUUUUAUCGAAAGAGUCGGGAGGAGGGUUAUUUUGAUAAUAUCUAGUACGAUAUGCUCCUUGAGUAUGUUCAUACUUGGUUUAUACUUCUACCUAGACUACAAUGAGAAUCCAGUAAUCACUCACAUAAAGUGGUUGCCAUUAGUGUUACUGAUAGUGUUCUAUGUAGCCUAUGAUUCUGGUCUCGGCAUAAUCCCAAAUGUUAUAAUAGGGGAGAUGUUUACGAGCAAUGUCAGGAGCAAGGGCUCCACCGUGACCAUGACCACGUCGUGGCUGUUUGGGUUCGCUGUAUCAACUGCUUUUGGUGCGCUGUUGGAGGCUGUUGGUGGUCACGUGGCCUUCUGGUUCUUCUCCGCUACGUGUGCGGUAGCAGCGCUGUUCACCAUAUUCUUCAUACCAGAAACGAAGGGGAAAACUUUGUUAGAAAUACAAAAGGCUUUAUAAAGUUGUCUCUCUUCUGUUUUAUUAAUGGCUGAAG